AUGGCCGGCAAUCAGGAUGCCUCAAUGGAGGAGAUCCUCUGGCGAUCGCCACCUCAUGUCCAGAUGAUGGGAGGCUAUCUUCACUCGAACAACAUUCUCUUCUACUUUGCCGAAUCGCCUUUCUUCGAUGCUACCUCGAAUAAUGCUUCUCUGGCCAUCCAGGCGAACUACAACGAAGCCCUACGCCAUUUUGUGGAGACUCGGGAUGCUUUUGAAGCGCGAUUGAAAACCAUGCAGGGCCUGGAGUUCGUCGUCGCCUAUGACCCCUUACAAGCAGCAGCGCAAUCGGACACUCAAUUUGCCCACGAGCCGUCCAACGUCUGGGUAAUUAGGAAACAAACGAGGCGAAAGCGUGCCGGCUUGGAGGACGAAGUUGUCAUUCUUUCGACUUACUUUGUGAUGGGCGACUGUAUCUACAUGGCUCCGUCGGUGGCCAGCGUUGUUGGGAAUCGCAUUGUACGUGCUACGCUCCCAAGGCCGCGGCUGGACUUCGACUAA